AUGAGCCUAAGCCAAGAACAGAGAAUUCUCAGCUUGCUGCUGCUGCUGGCUAUCGGGGGACUCGCAGCUGCGCAUACGAGCAGCUUCGAGCCUAGACUUGGUUCUGGUCUUAAAUCUGGUUCCGCAAAUCUGAGCCAAAUAAUUCCAAGUGCCAAACUGAGUCGAGCCAAGCGUGUUGCCAUCUACAAUGGCCAGGGCGUAGUCAAGUUUGCUGUCACUGUUGCGCAUCCUGUCAAGCAGGUGGAAAAGGAGCAGUCUUUCUGGUUCUUCUACAACUUGCAAAGCCAGUACAUUCCCACCACAGUACCCAUAUUUUGGUGGAGCUUUUGGAACACCACAACAUUUGUCUCCACAGCUCGUCAACUGCGCAAGGGCAUGCAGGCUACUCUACAUCGGGAUGAUACGCGCAGCUGGGUCUACGAUGCCCUUGAGGUCGGCAUGGCAGCGCUAGAUGGCAGUGAAAGUGGCGCCACUUGCUUGCUGCGCAGCAUCUGCGAGGUCUCUCAAUUGCCCUUUGAGAACAGCAACAUAUUCAGCGAAAUAGUUAACGCAGUGCUUAUACCCACAGCAGAUAAUGUUGCUGAAAAGUAUAUUAAUGCCAGAGAUGCGGGUCGCGCGGGUGCCGAUUGCCAAAAGACUUACAAGGAUUGCAGUCGAAAAACCUGGAAUUGGUUAACAAACUUCAAUAAAGUGAACUUUUGA